AUGGCCUCGGCGGCGGCGGGCGAAGCGGAAGAGACCACCCGGCUGCGCAAGCCGCGGUUCUCGUUCGAAGAGAACCAGAUCCUGAUCCGGGAGGUGCGCGCCCACUACCCGCAGCUCUACGGCGCGCAGAGCCGUCGGGUGAGCGUGGCCGAGCGGCGGCGCGUGUGGGACGGCAUCGCGGCCAAGAUCAACGGCAUCACCAGCUGGAAGCGCACUGGCCAGGAGGUGCAGAAGCGCUGGAACGACUUCAAGCGCCGCACCAAGGAGAAGCUGGCCCGCGUGCCGCACUCCACGCAAGGUGCUGGGGCUACCGCCGAGGACGCCUUCUCUGCCGAGGAGGAGACCAUUUUUGCCAUCCUCGGGCCGGGUGUGGCGGGGCCAGGAGCUGGUGCAGGGGCGGAGCAGCCCCCAGCGGCGCCCCCCUCACAGCCACUGGCCCCAAGUGCUUACACCCAACGCUAUGUGUUGUCCGAGGACCGCAGGGAAGACCGAGGGGCAGAUCCACCAGCCCACAGCAAGGGGGGCUCCAGCAGCCCGGAGCCCUGGGCCCGGCCCUCCUGCAAUCCCCAGGAAAGGGGCUGCCCACCACCCAAGGAGCGUGAGUCCUCGCCCCCUCCAGCCCUGCAGACCGUCCAGCUGCCCCGUCUGGCCUUGUCUCCACCGCCCCCAGCCCCUCCAGCACCCCCGCCACCGCCACAGGUUCAAGUGGCACCCUCGCCCGCCAGCCCCUCACCCCCUCUCCUGCCUCUGCCUGUGCCCUCGGCCCCAGACCCCUCCCUGGACUUCCUGCGGGCGCAGCAGGAGACUGCCAACGCCAUCAGGGAGCUGGCUGGCACCCUGCGGCAGGGACUGACCAAACUGAGUGAGGCCCUCAGCGCCCUGCUGCCCCUUCUGCCUGGAACCCCAGCUGACCCACUGCCCCCACCUCCACCCCCACCCCCCAGGCCUGUCCUGCCUCCACCUGCCCCCAAGGUGGAGAUCACCCCCGAGCCCGUGUCUGUGGUGGCUGCUGUCGUGGACCGGGCCAGGGUGGCAGCCAGGGGGGUGAUCAUCGCCCGUAGAAACGAGGAAGGGACCCCCCGGCCACCCCCAACCCCUCCUCCGCCCCAUGACUCCCCCCCACACAAGAGGAGGAAAGGUUUUCCUACACGGAAGAGGCGAGGGCGAUGGAAAUCUCCGUGAAAUCUGCCAUCGGAUUCAAGCUUGUCUACACUUUCUGCCUGCACCACCUCUCCCAGCUUAGCCCAGCGGGGGAGGGCCACGCACCUUCCCCAUGCCGGCUGCACCCUGGCUCCCUGCUGCAGGGGCGUGAGCACCCCACUCCCUGUACUAGUUAGUGCCUGAUUCGCGGGGGCCCUCGUUGAUGGGCCCCCAACCCUGUGUCCAGUACAGCGCUGUCUGCCUGGCUGCUUUCCUUACCCCCGACUUCUAAGCCAUCGAUUUUAUGUUCUUUCUUACUGCCCUUGGGGGGCCGCAGAGGGAACCUCACAGUCUGCACAUACCCCCUUCCCUAAUCACUCCUGGUCUUGACUUGAAGAGAAUUGAUCUGUCCGGGGGCCUCCCCACUUCCCAGUCCAGACUUGGGAGGGAGUGGGGGCUGCGAGACAAAUCAGAACGUGGAUGACAAUGAGGAUACAGCAGUCUGUAUUCUGGGGGGAGGGGGCGACUUCU